AUGAAGCGACAAUUUACCUUCAAUGCUGUCAAUCAGUUAACUUCUGACACAAGUACUUUCGAAAACAACGAGUUUCAAGAGGAAUUGAACAAAUUUCUAGAUAAAUAUUAUUAUUUUAUUUCUGAAAGAGCCCCAUGUCAAGCUCGGCCAUUUAAGUCUAAAGAGAAUUUAAGAGAAAAAACAGCUCUAUUAAACUACCAAAAUGCGAUAUUUUCUCAAAUUGGACCCAGAAAAAGACCUAUUCCGGGGUAUCUAAAUUUUCCAGGUGAUUUUGCAGGUCCUGCAGAGCCAGUUUCACUCACAAUAAAACUUGUUCAACUUCACCCUGACGAAUUCAUACCAACAGGAGCCUAUGCAAAAGCGAUGGUAGAGUUCUAUUAUAAAAUAAUUGACCGAGCAGGCCCUAUAAUGGAUUAUACUAUGAUUAUUGGAUGCCACUCAGAUAAUAUAGAAGAUUCUACUAUUUGGAAAAGAUGGCCAAAGAUUUCUCAUUCUAGGCAGUUAAGUAAAGAGUCUGGUACUUACUGGUCGCCAUAUGGAGGUCCCAUCUAUAUAGUCUCACGCACAGGCUACAAUAUCACUGUAAUAUUACACAAUGUUUAUGAAUAUCCCUUAUUUUCAACCAGAGAGCCCCAGACCGUCUCUGACUGGAGAACUAAAAAAUGGCACAACAAUACUACGCCUUUUAUGGAAUUUUCCGGUAGUGCAAUACGUUUUUGUGUACCGACUGGUUCCAUAAAGGGCCUUUCAACUGACCACAUGCUGAAUAUAACCCUGCACAUAUAUGAUCGCUUCGUAAAAACGAUAAUUAAUUAUGCUGGCCUGGAUUGGAAAACUGAGAGGGCUGUUCGAUUUGUAGUUGAUUUGCAGCCUUCUGCCGGAUUUGGUCAUUCUGGAUAUCCCAUAGUCGGUGCUAUGCCAUGGAUAGAUGCAUUUCUCGAUCUGGACAAGAUAUAUUCAAAUGGACAUUGGGGUAUGUGCCAUGAAAUUGGACAUAACUACCAGAGAAACUGGUACGAACUAGAAGGCACAAGCGAAGUUACAAAUAAUAUUUUUUGCCUCGUGGUAAAUUCCCGCGUGAUGAAUAUAUCAAAAUACCUACUAGGCGAAGAUAGAGGACUAAGCUCAUCUGCCCAAGAAGCUGCGAUCAAAUUUUGGAGGAACAACGGCAGUUAUCCGAAAUGGGAUUCAGUCGCUCUUUUUUAUUAUGCAUAUCUGCUGCAUUACUUUGGAGAUGGCUUAAUAGGAAACACACUGUUACGAUAUGAACAAGAUGAGAGUUCUCGACCAAAAAGUCCCUCAGAAAAGAUCGACCGAUGGAUUAUAAAUUUAUCUUUAGAGGCCGGCUAUAAUCUUGGACCAUACCAUGAAUUAUUUGGUAUUCCUUUUAGUGAAACCACCAAAGGUAUUAUUUCUAUUUUUUCAUGCUUCUUGCCGGAUGACGAAUUAACGAUGCAGGUCAAAGAUCGAAUAGACGAAAUUUCAUUCAAGUAUGGAGAUAAAUGCGUGAGGACUAUAAAGAAGCGGAUUUUAAACAAGAUUAAUCUUCUUCAAGGACAAUGGCAAAAUCUUCCAUCUGAAAUUCAGAUAGAAAGAAUAUAA